GCUGCGAGCCUCGGGGAAGCGGAACCCACAGGCGCGCGCGCCGCUGCUUCUGGCCGGGCGCGGGUAGUGGUGCACCACGGGAGCGCCGCACCGGCCGGCAUGGAGGAGCGCGGCGAUUCCGAGCCGAUCCCCGGCUGCAGCGGCCUGGGUCCGGGCGGCGUUCGCGGCUUUGGCGACGGCGGCGGAGCUCCCUCGUGGGCCCCCGAGGACGCCUGGAUGGGCACCCACCCUAAGUAUUUAGAAAUGAUGGAAUUAGAUAUAGGAGAUGCCACUCAAGUUUAUAUAGCAUUCUUGGUUUACCUGGACCUCAUGGAAAGCAAAAGCUGGCAUGAAGUAAACUGUGUAGGAUUACCGGAACUCCAGCUCAUCUGCCUUGUUGGUACUGAGAUAGAAGGGGAGGGGUUACAGACUGUGGUGCCUACCCCCAUCACUGCUUCCCUCAGCCAUAACAGGAUAAGGGAGAUCUUGAAGGCAUCUCGAAAAUUGCAAGGUGAUCCAGAUUUGCCGAUGUCUUUUACUUUGGCCAUAGUGGAGUCUGAUUCUACAAUAGUCUAUUAUAAACUUACUGAUGGAUUUAUGCUGCCAGACCCUCAGGUCAGUUUUGAGGUAACUGACAGCAACAAGUACAAAAAGAGGAAAAUUAUGACAUGAUUUUAAGUGUGACUCAAGUCAUUCACAGAACUGCCACUUCCUUUGCCAUAGGGAAAAUUCAAGAAAAAAAGUAUUGAUUUUCAUACCUCAGAAAAUUGGUUAUAUUUUGUUCAAAGUAGUGUGUUCCUAGUUAUUGUUGCAAAAAAAUUGAUUUCCUUACUCUAUGGAGAAUUUCAUGGUUUUCCAAAGUAUUUUAUGAAGUCAUCAUGCGUUUAAUUAUUUAGUGAGUAACUGAGGUGGAAUGUAAAGGCUAACAAUACUUGUAACUAAAAAACGCUUCUUUAAGAAAUGUUAAAUUGGUUGACAUUUUGACAGGAACAUUUUAAUAAGAUAAAUGGGCUAUAUGUGAUUUCUUUACAUACUUUGUUGGCAUAAUUUGGAUAAUUACAUUAAAUAGCUUUCUAAUUUUGCUUUUGGAUUACAUUGUUUAUUGGAGAAAAGUCCAUCCUGAUCUUUUUUUUUUUUCCAGAAUAUUUCUCUUAGAAGAUGACAUCUGUGUUUCCUGAUGCUUGUUUUAUUCAUACAAGAUUGGAUUUGAGAACCAUCAGACUGCUUUUAUCUCAGAGAUAGUCAGGGUUGACUUAAAUAGUGAGGGUUGACUUCCCCAUUCCAUAAGGUUUUCAUUCUGAAGAAUAAAACUUCCCUAAAUAGAAGACUUUCUCCUUCUUAAAAAAUAUAGAGUGAUUUCUUUAAAACUUUCUUAUCUAGAGACAGUUUAAUUAUAGUUGUAUACAGGUUUAUGCCUAGGAUGUGUUCAAAUGGGUGGGACCUGUCUGCUGCUUUUGUCAUCCCACACUCAUAGUUGCCUCUUUGUUUCUUGCUGCCACUGCCAGCUCAUUGUUGAGACUGCCAUCUCUUUUUCUUACUCAACUCUCCCCAGUGCGUUUUGGCCACUGCAGCUAUGUUAGAAUGGCAUUUUAUAUAUACCUUGUCACCUACUUCUGUCUGCUUUUUCCUCUCCAGUAGAAAGUAAAAGAUUUCUUUCAAUUGGUCUUCCUGUUGCAAUUACUGUCAUUUCUCUUUUUUGGUUAACUUUAAAUCAAAACUCAAAAUAUGUUCAUCCAGAGUGUAAACUUAAGUGUCUUGAGUAACAGGAACCAGAGACAUGUUACCUACAAGAGUUCUGGGCUAUCCUUUUCAUUCUUAUCACAUAUCAUAGCUUGAAUGUUACAAGAGUGUGGGAGAGUAUGAACCUUAAAAAUGUCUUCAUUAAUUAGACCCAGUUAUUCCACUUUUGUUAAUGUCUCUCAAAUUGUACAAAGUAUGAAAAAUUAUAUGCACAAAGAUAUUCCAAGUGACAUUACUUUUAGUAGCCCAAAUUAUUAACCACUUUAAAGUUUGGGGUAAAGAUUGGCAAACUUUUUCUAUAAAGGGCCAGAAAGUAACUAUUUUAGGUUUUUAAACCUACUGUCUCUGUCAUAACUUGUCAACACUGCUGUAUGAAGCACAAAAGCAGCCACAGACAAUACAUAAACAAUAUGGGCGUGGCUUUGUUCCAGUAAAACUUUAUUUACAAAUGUGGUGCCAUAGUUUGCAUCCCUGCAUCUAAGGAAUAGUCAAUAAACAGAUAUAUACAAAUGGUACAUAAUGUAGUUACUAAAAAUUAGUAAUGAAUAUUAUUAAAAGCAUGAAAAUGUUACAUUAAGUAAAAAUUGCAAGAUGGAAAAGUGUAUGAGUGGAUGUAAUCAUGGCUGAAAUAACAGACCAAGCAUUCUAUAAAAAGAUAACAAAGUAAAUCAAAUUACUAACCGGUUAUAGUGGGAUGGGAGGCAGAAAAUGGAUGACUUUGUCUUUUCUUAAUGUUUUUAUUUGUAUUACUUUUAUAAUAAAAAUGUUUUAAAAUUAAAAA